AUGGCCAGUACUUUCCUCUUCCUCAUGCAGGCCUUCAAGAUUAUUUCUUGGAACUGCAGAGGCUUGAACAACACGGAAACCCAAGAUGCCCUCGUGAGCAUUGUACGUCAACAAAACCCUAGCCUUGUCUUUCUAUCAGAAACUCUAGCCUCACCGGAUCUCCUGACCUCUGUUCGCAGUCGGAUCGGUUUCGAUGGUGUUGUCUGUGCACUGCAAGAAGACGAUUGUUGUGGUUUGGUCUUCUGGCAUAAUGAGGACCCUGUUCUAUUUCGACAUUAUUCUGCUAACCAUAUUGAUGCAGAAGUUGGUAUUCUAGGGUCUCGAGGUGUCUUUCGUUUUACUGGUCUUUAUGGUGUAGCUACAAUUAUGAAUCGUGUUAUCACUUGGAACCUAUUGUGUACCCUGGCCGCUCAGGUUCUUCUGCCAUGGCUUGUUGCUGGCGAUUUCAAUGAGAUCCUCAAUCAUGCGGAUAAAUCGGGAGGUCCGCCUCGCUCUGUAGCACAAAUGGCCCUAUUCCGGCAAGCGUUGGUGGAUUAUGAGUUAAUUGACAUGGGGUUUGUCGGUCCUAGGUUUACCUGGUCUAAUAGGUUUACCGAGGAACGGAUGGAUCGAGCCUGCCAGAAUGUGCAAUGGAGGGAACUUUACCUUUUCUCUAGAUGUAUCACUCUCCCUCUGAGUAGGUCGGAUCACUGCCCUAUUCUCAUUGAAGUGUCUCCUGAGCCAGCUAUUCGGACUCGAACGCCUAAACUAUUUCGCUUUGGGGAGAUGUGGUUACAGCAUAUGGACUGUUUGAACGUGGUUCAGCAAGGGUGGAUGCUUGCAACUAUAGGGGAACUAAUGAUGCAGGUUGGAAGGAAAAUCAAACAGACAGUCAAACUCUUAUUACAUUGGCAUUCUGGAGUGUUCCAACAAAGACAAACUCAGAUGAAGUUGAUUCAGGGCAAACUGGACGUCUUGAUGAAACAGAGUUUCGAGCCAGGUCAUUUUGAUGUACAAAAAGCCCUACAGUUCGACUCAAUGAAUUGCUUUCGACUAAUGAAGCUUAUUGGAGGCAAAGAUCUCGAGACUGGUGGUUCUGACCCGACAGCUACAGAAGCGAUCCUUGAGUGCUUGCAUCCCAAGGUUUCUACUGACAUGAAUGAUGACCUAACAGCACCCUACUCUGACUCUGAAAUAAAGAAGGCUCUAUUUCAGAUGCACCCUUCCAAGUCCCCAAGCCCGGAUGGGAUGUCCCCGUUUAGGGAGAUUCUCACUACAGGCCAGAUAUCUCAGGAGUCCAACUUCACUCAUCUCACAUUGAUUCAGAAAGUAAAAGAGCCCAAGUCUGUCUCUGACCUGAGACCUAUUGCAUUGUGCAAUGUUGUUUACAAAAUUGCUUCCAAGGUUUUAGCAAAACAGGUUGAAGAGGGUCUUUCGGAGUUGAUCUCUUCUUUAGCCGAGCAUGGAGUUGUUAAGGGCAUUAAAAUGUCUCCUACUGCUCCUACGAUACAUCAUCUACUAUUUGCGGUUGGCAGCUUUCUAUUUGGUGAAGUGGCAGUUACAGAGUGUCACACGUUCAAGAACAUAUUGGAGACAUAUGCCAAGACCUCGGGGCAACAUAUUAAUCUCCAGAAGUCAAGUGUGGUUUUCAGUGGCAAUGUCAGUUUAAAUAAGCGCAAUGAGCUUGCGGCAAUUUUGGGAGUUGAGUGUGUCAAAGAGCAUGGUUUAUAUCUAUGGCUUCCUAUACAUGUAGGGCAAAAUAAGUCUGAUAUUUUUGCCUAUUUGAAGCCGCGACUCACUAAAAAACUUAUCAGUUGGAGGCCUAAAAUUCUCAGUAUUGGAGGUAAGGAGUUACUUAUUAACAUGGUCGCUCAAACUCCUCCUAAUUACGUUAUGAACUGUUAUGCUCUACCAAAAUCUCUAUGUGAUGAUCUUCAGCAGCUUUGUUGUCAGUUCUUUUGGGGAAAUUCGGAUGACAGACGUCGAAUUCACUGGCGGUCUUGGGAGAGGAUGUGUCUCCCAAAAGAACAAGGAGGUAUGGGCUUUAAAUAUUUGCACGCUUACAAUCUUGCGAUGCUUGCUAAACAAGGCUGGAGACUCCUUACUAAUCCAAAUUCUCUUGUGGCUCAAGUUUUUAAAGCUAUGUAUUGUCUCUAUGGUUCUUUCCUUACGGCUGACAUGGGUGAGAGGCCAUCGUUUUCUUAG